UGCGAGAAAGGAAGCAGAGGAAACGCUCCUUAUUUAUAUUUUUGUCCCUGUUGCCUGUCCGUAGCUUUAUCGGGGCUAAGGUGAAGGUUGUACUUUUGUUUUGCUUCUGGUCUGGGUUCGGGCUCGGGUCCGGGGUCCGUCCCUACCUGCGAACCCGGAGCUGCCGCCCCCUCCGCAGUGUGGGCUGGACGAGCUGCUGGGAUUUUGAGAUGUCAGCUGCUCAGUACCUCAUGAGGCUGUCUUUACCUCGUUUGGCCUAUCACAGAAUUUCUGCGCAGAGCCCUGGAGUUGUGUAUCUGUCAGGAUUCAAGUCCAGUAUGAAUGGAGAGAAAGCACUGGCUUUGGAAGACUUCUGUCGUUCAGCUGGGUACUCCUUUGUCAGGUUCGAUUACACAGGCUGUGGCAGCUCUGAAGGAAAUUCCGACGAUUGUAUGUUAAGAGAUUGGAAGAAUGAUGUGCUAACAGUUUUGGACAAUCUCACCACAGGACCUCAGAUUCUUGUUGGCUCGAGCAUGGGAGGUUGGCUCAUGUUGUUGGCUUCCCUUGCGAGGCCAGAGAGAGUGGCUGGAAUGGUUGGCGUAGCAACAGCAGCUGAUGGCUUUGUAUCUGCUUUCAAGCAGCUCCCCUCUGAGCUGAGACUGGAAGCUGCGAAGACAGGCGAGUAUAAGAUGCCGUCUAAGUAUAGUGCUAGCGGCUUCUACAUGGUGAAGUAUAACUUUAUAAAGGAGGCAGAGGAGCACUGUGUGCUACAAAGCAGCAUCGACAUCUCCUGCCCGGUGAGGCUCAUCCAUGGCAUGAAGGAUGAGGUCGUCCCCUGGCAGAAUUCCAUCAAGGUCGCGGAAAGACUCACAAGUGACGACGUGGAUGUCAUCCUCCGAAGGACUGGUGACCACCGCAUGUCGCAGAGUGAUGACAUCAAGCUGCUGAUUACUGUUGUUAGUGACCUACUGCACAAAUUAACCCAAAAAGAUCUGAAAUGAAAAAUGUUGAGUUGGAUCUAUUGUUGGUUAGUAUUAAUUAAAAUGAUUAACCAGA